AUGCAUGCAGCCCAGCAGGGGCACACUGGCCCCGUUGAGCUGCUUGUUGAGAAGGAGAAGGGUCUCAGGGACAAGAACGGCUGGACCGCGCUCAUGCACGCCGCACAUAGGAACCAUCCCGAGGCAGCUAGGAUCCUCGUCCCUCAUGAGCAUAGAAAAGAAGACAAUAACGGUCGCACCGCCCUGAUGAUCGCCGCACAGCAGGGGAGCCUUGAAGUAGUAAAGCUCCUUCUUGACCAUGAGAAGGGGCUGAAGGACAAGGACGGUAACACGGCCUUCGUGCACGCCCUCAGGAACAAGCACACAGACAUAGCUCUGCUUCUUCGCGAGCAUGAGGCCCCCUCGUGGACCCCUCUCAUGUGCGCGUCCUUCACGGGGGACGUCACAACAGUCAAGGAACACCUCUCAGACAAGGACAAGAGGAACAAUGACGGCAAUACCGCACUGAUGAUUGCUGCCAGAGCGAGGCACAAGGACGUCGUGGAGCUCCUCGAUCCCACAGAUGAGAAUGGCGUCACUGCCCUCAUGCGAGCUGUUGACAGAAAUGAUGUAGAUACUGUGAAGGCCCUCCUUCCUCUCCAGGGGGGACAGAAGGCGACGGGGGAUGUCGCGAUGGGCUGCUGGGCCAUCAGCGAGGGAACAGCCCUUAUGAGGGCAGCAGUCCGUGGCCACGCAGAGAUAGUGGAGCUGCUCCUGGAGAAGGAGGGAGGCGUGCAGAAUGAGGAUGGCGAAACCGCCCUCAUGCUGGCAGCAGAGAGAAACCAUUCAGAUUGUGUUAGACUACUAGUAAAGAAGGAGGGCGGGAUGCGGGAUAGGUAUGGCGAGACCGCUCUCAUAAGGACGGCAGAGGAAGGCCACGCAGAGAUAGUGGAGCUGCUCGUGGAGAAGGAGGCGGGCAUGAAGGAUAGUGACGGCCAGACUGCCCUCGUGCUUGCAGCAAAAGAAGGCCACAGAGAAUGUGUCGCGCUGCUCCUGGAGAGGGAGGGCGGGAUGCAGACUAGUGAUGGGGUGACAGCCCUCGUGACAGCAGAGCAGAAUGACAAGCAAGACUGUGUUAAGCUACUGGUGGGAAACGACCGUGAGCGUGCUGCCUCGGGCUGGACGAGCCUUAUGUAUGCUGCUUACAUUGGAGAUGCUGAUGCAGUGAGGAGUAGCCUUCAGGAGGCGGGGAUGAAGGAUCGUGACGGAUGGACCGCCCUCAUGCGGGCGGCAGAGAGGGGCCACCCAGAGUGCGUCAAGCUAUUACUGGAGAAAGAGGGGGGCAUGAAAGUGGACAUGGCGAUCACGAAAGGGCUCGUGGAACGGAGUAUGCUGGAGGAACGGAGGGUGAUGACGUAUUUACUUGCUGCUGGCGAUACCGCCCUCAUGCGGGCAGCAGAGGAGGGCCAUGGAGAGAUAGUGGACAUACUCUUGGAGAAGGAGGGCGGGGUACAAGACAGCUAUGGACGGACCGCCCUUGUGUUUGCAGCAGAGGGAGGUCACGGAGACUGUGUUAGACUAUUGCUAAAGAGGGAGGGCGGGGUACAGGAUGGGUUUGGACGGACCGCCCUCAUGGGGGCGGCAGAGAGUGGCCACCCAGAGUGCGUCAGGCUCCUACUAGAGAAGGAGGGCGGGAUGAAGAGUGAUAGUAGCGAGACAGCCCUCACGCUGGCAGCAGCACGUGGCCACGCAGAGAUAGUGGAGCUGCUCCUAGAGGAAGAGGCAGGCAUGCAGGAUAUUUUUGGAUGGACAGCCCUCAUAAGGGCAGCAGAGAGUGGCCACGCAGGCUGCACUAGAAUAUUGCUAGAGAAGGAGGGCGGGAUGCGGAAUGAGGAUGGCGAAACAGCCCUUAUGCUUGCAGCAAGGUAUGGUAGCACAGACUGUUUUAAGCUCCUACUAGAAAAGGAAGGAAGUAUGAGAAGUAACAAUGGACAGACAGCUCUUAUGGCUGCAGCAAAGGAAGGUCACUCUGCCCACGUCGCGCUGCUCUUGGAGAAGGAGGGUGGGAUGCAGGAUAGUGACGGAUGGACCGCCCUCAUGUGGGCAGUAUCCUGCAGCCAGAUAGAGUGUGUGAGACUCCUCGCAGAGAAGGAGAAGAACAUAAACAGGAGGAAGCUCUUGGACAUAGCCGAGGGCAAUAGCGAGAUACUAGCCAUCCUCUCAGAGUAG